UCCACAGAGGAGAAAAUGACUUGAAUACCCUUGGAAAUAUAGCGUUAUUUUCCGUGACCAGCCACCGCAACCUCCGUGUCCUUUAUCGUAAUUUCAGUCUCUCCCUUUCCCUCUCAGACUCACCUAUUUAGCGUUUUGUUCUACCACUCUCUCUUUCUCUCUCUUGGCUGCAUUGCAAAAGCUUCUUCUCUCGCUCCUUCGCGUUCAUGGCGGAAGAAGAGUUCAGCGCUGGAUCCCCUCACUCUCUCAAGAACAGGUUUAGAUCCUCUCUCUGCUUAUCGUGUUGCUUCCCUCACCACCGCGUCAGGCCAAAACUCGUUCGAAGCGCGUCGCUUCGCAACAAGCCGCGCUCCACCGAUUUCCCCUUCCCCAACCUCAAGGAAAAGUGCUGCAACUUCAUUUCCCGCCUCGGCAGCCGCCACCGCCGCCGCCACUCCGCCGACUUCCACUACGACGCCCUCAGCUACGCCCUCAACUUCGAGGACGCCGCCUCCGACGAGAGGUCCGCCGAUUUCUCCGCCAGAUUGCCGGCGUCUCCACCGCCGAACGCGGCCACGGAUGCGAAUGCGACCUCCGCCGCAUCCGCCAGCGCCAGCGCCAGCGCGUAAAUCGGUAGUCGUAGAUUUAGAUCUAAAAAUUCGGCGGCGGUGCGAGCGUAACCGAAACGACGUUGGCGGCGUCGUUUGGAAGUCGUUUUUGUUUGGUUGUUUAUGUUUUGGUUUUUGUACAUAACGUGAUUGUGAGAUCCAGCAAUAGAAUAGCAAUGCGAAGAAGAGGAAUAUGAAUAAGGCAAAAAGAAAGGUUACAAAGUGUUUUAGUGUUGGUUGAUAUAUUUUGUGUGGCAUUGAAAAACGAAAAUGAGAAUAGUGUGACGCAGAGUGGUGGAGUCGUAACUCGUAACUGAAUCUCUGACGGAUGACGACGCUAGUCUGUUUUGUCGUCUUUUUGUUGCAAACGCUUUUGGAGAGACUGCCA